AUGGAUAAGCGAACUCUUCCACCACCACCUCGAAUAUCAUCAGCUCCAAGCUUGAAUGCACCUCCUGUGCCGACAUUUUCUAGUGCGCCCGAUCUUUCAGAAUUGACGAGUGCAUCCAGUGAACAACACAAACGCAAAAAGGAUAAACGGGACCGAUCACCACGACGCCAUUCACGUAGUCCUAAACGACGACGGCAUCGAUCGCGUAGUCCAAGACGACGAUCACGUAGUCCACGCCAUAGACGACGUUCACGCGAGCGAUAUCAUCAUCGACGUCGUCGAUCGCCAACACCACCACCUGUGCACUCAGGACAGCUGGAAACCGGAUGCACUUUUGUGAUUGAUAAACGUGGCGAUAUGGAUAAUAUCAAAUACGGUGAACUUGAGCGAUCUACAGUACCUGAAUAUCAUCGAUCCGGUGGCGGUUUGAUUAUUGGACUACCUACAUCACAAAAGAUCGACAUUGCUAGUGCAAGAUCGGGAAAAGUCCUCAAGAUCGUGUCUGCUUUAUCACGCAAGAAACCAACACGAUAUAUGGAUGCUGGAUUUACAUGGCAGGAAUCAGGCAAACGGAUUCGAAUCAAGCCAUCACGUGAUGAAGACAAGGAUGCCUUUAGCGAGGUUCAUGGUUUUGUGGGAUUGGAGUCGAAUCGCAAAAAGCCAAAGAAUGAGAAUGAACAAGCGAUCUCAAGUGGAGUGGAUUAUCGCAGUAUCGAAGGACCCAAGACAACGCAUGAAUUAUCAUCGGAUGAGGAGGAAAGUGAUCAAGAAGAAGGUGAAACGUUUGAUGAAUACAUACGUCGUCGUACCAUUGAACAAAAUCGACACUUGGAUGAGAACCCAAAUGAUGUGGAUGCAUGGUUGGCAUUUAUUGAGUUCCAAGACGAGGCGAGUCAAGGUGUCAACACAGUGGGAACAAAGGCCAAUAAGACCAGCUUGAACGAGGUCAAGAUGAGCAUCUUUGAAAAGGCCAUGCAAAACAACCCUAUGGAUGAAAAGCUAUUAUUGUCCUACUUGACAUGUGGUGAACAGAUCUGGGAUACAUUGACGCUUUUGAGGGAAUGGGAUAAGGCACUCAAGAAACGACCAGAAUCCAUCCGGCUAUGGGCUGAUUAUAUCAAUCUACGACAAACCAACUUUUCCAGCUUCUCUUUCACUGAAUGUGUCAAGGUCUUUGAAGAUUGCAUUCUCACGUUGAACAAGGUGGCACGUCGACUACAGCGUCAACGAAAACAUGAAGAUAAUUAUGAUGAGCGCGAAAAUAUCGAAUCAGUCAUGGUGUAUGUUUUCCUUCGAGGAUGUCUCUUUAUGAAACAAGCUGGGUAUCAUGAACGUGCAUUUGGCUGCUUACAAGCAAUCGUCGAGUUUACCUUAUUCCAACCACGGGCAUUGCGAUCUUCUGAGGAUACAUCGUUUGGUGAUCUCAUUGAGGAAUUCUGCGAGUUUUGGGAUACCGAAGUUGCUCGAUUUGGCGAAGAGGGAGCUAAAGGGUGGCACCAUUAUUACAACACAAAGAAUGAUCAAGGAGAACCUGAUGUUCCAGGGGCACCAGAGGAUGAGAAUAAGGAAGACAUUGAUGUAUUCAGCCUGCAAGAUUGGGUACGAUUGGAAGAGUCCAAAGAACUUCAAAGCCGAUUACCAUUAAGGAUAGCAACUAUUGACCCACACAUUGUUGAUGAGGAUCCCUACGUGGUUACAUUAUCCGAUGACAUCCGCGAUUUCUUAUUCGAUCUUACGACGCAUGAGGCUUGUCAAGCGUUGAUUUACAGCAUCUUUGUGUUUCUCGGAUUACCAUUCCCGCCACCUGGUGUCGGCACCAAUACCCACUUUUGUACAGACACGUUUACGCACAAUGAAAUGAAGUUUGAGCGAUUUUGGCCACCACUAUGGGAGAAGCGUCCACUGCUAAUCACCUAUGUCGAUGGGAUACCGAUGGAGCCUGAGCAUGCUACCGUGGAUCGUCAUCCAUUCGAUUAUCCUGUAUCAUAUCCUGUUGGAGUAUCCGAGCUAUUUGCACGACAUGGACAUUGGUUUGCUUGCUUGGAGAGCUUUCAUCUGGAUUGUGAAGUGGAUAUCGACUUUGCAAGGAAUGCGUUUGGUCAACUCAAUGCCUUACAAUGGAACGAUCACCUGGCUAUUUGCCAUCUUGCACUUGAAUCAAGUAUAUCCAACAAAAGUGCCAAAAAGCUUGCCAAAGAGAUGCUCAAAGAUCGUAGCAACAAUUUGAUCCUGUGGAACGUAUAUGCGCAAAUGGAAAAGAGUCAUGGACGUUUAAAGGAGGCACGCCGAGUAUACCAAACAGCGUUAGCAAGUUAUCGCCAAUUUCCAGAACCAGAUCAACAAUCGGCUCCGCUACUAUACAGCGCUUUUGCACAGCUUGAAUGGGAGGAACAGCGACCUGAAGAAGCUCUCAAGAUCUUGGUAUCCAUGGCAACUGAAGAACCCUAUGCUGAGACGAACCCCGCACCGACCAAUGCGCAGAUCCUAAAAGCACACAAUUACUACAUGCAAAAGACAGCCCAAGCCAAUAUCCUUGUUGGAUCUGAAAACGAGACGACCAUCGCACAUCAUUGCAAUGUAUGCUAUGCCUUGUUGCAGUACAUUACGCGUGGUAUUGAGGCUGCAUCCGAAGUGUACGAGCGGGGACUAGAAUAUAUCAAGGAGCGGCAAGCUGAGCGAGGAUUCGAAAGCGAAGUGCUGUGGGUUGCCUAUGCUCGACUUUUAUACCAACAUGCAGUGGCAGGUGGUGUCGGCUACAAGCCAUCUCAAAUGCGUGCAUUACUGGAAAAGGCAUUGGCGCUAUUUCCCAACAACACCAUCUUCAUCAGCUUGCAUGUGUGGAACGAGACGAGGACCAAGAUUUACAAUCGUGUUCGCAAAUUCUUUACACAAGCACUCGAUGGUGAACCCAAUAUCAUCUUAUGGCUCUCGGCUAUUCGAAGUGAAUUGCAUCGACACCAUCCCUAUGAUGUAAACCUGGUACGAUCCUUGUUUGAAUCUGCCGUGGAUAAUGCAGGGACACGGCCAUCCAUAUUGGUAUGGAAACUUUACAUUGAACAUGAAAUCCGGUGCAAGAACAUGGAUCGAGCAAAGUCAUUGUAUUACCGUGCCAUCAGGGCAUGUCCAUGGUCAAAGGAACUCUAUUUGUUGGGCAUUCGUGUAUUGUCACGACAAUUGUCUGAGAAGGAGCUACAUGAAAUGGUUAGCCUGAUGAUGGAAAAAGAAAUCCGUAUGCGAUGCCCUAUCGACAACACGCUACUUGGUGAUGGUGACGAGGAAGAUAUUGAUGAUUAUCAGAAAAGAAUGAUUGAGGAUGAAUAA